AUGACCACCCUCCGACGACCUGCUGCACCUGCUGCACCGGCCAGGUCACGAACGCCUGCGACUGCCUCGUCGUCGACUGCCGUCUCGGCCACCCGUCGUUCAACCUUGGCGGCGCGUGCGACGCCGACGCCGACCCCAACAGCCGCCGCACAGGAUGACGGGCAACAGCUUUCGCGGAGGAUGGAUACCACGUUGGAUCUGGGAGAGCACAACAAGUCCAAGCCCUCGGCGAAAGUCAGCUCGAGGAAGUUGUGGCCGCAGCAACAGUCGCGUAUCAGGACAGCCGCGUCGACCUCCACUUCGGCAGCGAGCUCGAGUGCCAGGCCCAAGCAGGGCACUACCACCAGCUCGAAUUCACCAAAACAAGAUCCCACACCGCCGCCAGAACGAGCGCGACAGGCGAUGAAGACGAUCAACUCCUCGCUGCAGGCCAUCUCGGCACUGCUCAAAACUCGCGCCUCGGCGCCAACGAUGGCCGCCAAGACCACCUCCAAAACAAGCUCGUCCUCGUCCUCGUCCUCAUCGGCCUCUAGUUCCUCUCGACCCGCCUCGACAACGCCCCCUCCGGAGAUCAUCUCUCUCGCCAAGACCUGUACCCAAGCGUUGAACGAACUGCGAACACUCAUCACUCAAGGCAAGAUCGACAAGAACCUCGUCGAGAUUGAAAAAGCCGCCAUCAGUUUCGUCGCCGGACUCGUCGAGACAGAACACGUGAGAAUCGGUUACCCAUUUCUGCAAUCUAUUUCCUGCGCAUGAGUUUCCUGACGACUGUCUCGAUCCGCACAGUAUCGGCUCGCUUUGGCCGAAUUGGAACGCAUCAAGACCAGUUUGCUCCGAGUGUCGAACCCAGAUUUCAGCUCGAAUGGGGGUGCCGUCUCCGAGUCAUCCGCAUCGACCAAGACUCAAACACCGUGGUCCUCGUACGCUCACUUGCUGUGCAUCCCCUUACCUUCUAGCCCAACUUCCCCACACUGGACCCCAGCCGAGAUCGCCACUCUCGUCCUCUCUGUACAGCAAUACGCUCUCGGAUCCCUGUUCCGUAACCCCGAUUUCGACCCCAAACUACGUGCAACUCUCGUGGCGAAGGUGUUGACCUCCCACAUGGGUGCACCGAUCGAAUGGCGCGAUUGGUGGGCCAGGUCCAGGGUUGAGAUCGCCGAUGAUGAGGGUGGUGCUGCUGCCGAGGUGGUGGCGGUGGAGAAGAAGAUGGACGCGUUGAUGACGAGCAUGUUUGGUUCGCUCAUCAAAGGAUGUGUAGGCCUGGAUGGGGACGUUGGUGAGUCGCGCGCAAGCUCGAGAUCAAAGGGCUCAUUGAAAACGAUUUCUGACCGAAUACCUCUCCUCUACAGAUAUCAACGACCUCUUGACGAUUCGCUCUCGAGCGCUCUUGCUCUACUCUACCACUUCGACCAUCUCUUCCUCCCCUGAAAAACUUCAAGCACUCCUCGACCAAUGUCGCAAGAACCUCCUCCUCUUCGGUCGACAAGCCGAAGCCCAGUCCCUCUCCGCAGCAAGCAUCAACGGACCCGUUCAACGCGUGUUCCAAGAAACGAUCGAAGCUAUAUCUUCGCGACAUCGUGGAAUCGAGUUCCAUGGGACUCAAUGGAUGAACUUGUGUCAAGUCAUUCUGAGGAUCGCGCAACGUGCGGAGGAUGGGUUGGCUAUCGAGAGGGUCAGGUUGUUGUUGGAAUCGGAGGAGGACGAGGGAGGCGUUCCGGUGGAGAAACAGGUUGAUCGACUUGUCGUUAAAUUGAUGGGGUCGUUGUCGGGCUUGCAAGUGGGGAGGGAGAAGCAAAAGGGCAAGGAGAGAGAAGAGGACGGGCUCCAUAGGGCGCUGAUUUAUGUUCAGGCUUUGGGGAAGUUGAGAGUCAAGGAGGGGUUGGAUAAGGAGAGUGUGAGUAAGGUCGACUCGAUUUUGGAGAAGGUCAGGUCCUGGGUCGUCAAGGAGGUCAAAGGGGAUCAGAGGCUCGAUAUGCUCGUCAUCCAGGAGGGCAAACAACCGAGGCCCAAGGCCGAGGACGAGGUCUUGCUGCGCAAAUUAUGCGAGACGUUGGCGCAACAUGGCGAAGCGGUGUCGACGAGUGGAGCGCAGCGCGGGGAGCAGAGUCGUCUUAUUUCGGGCACCGUCGAAGUGCUCACCGUCCUCGCCUAUUCAACGCUCGUCGUUGACGAUCGCUCAACCUACACCCCUUGCUUCGACCAUCUCGAACGAUGCCUAGCCGUCCUCGGUCUCUCCGUUGAAUCUGAAGGUGGGAUUAAGAUCGAGCCAGCCCAACUCGGUCAAGCUUACUGGAUCCGAUCCCUCGCUUCGGCUUAUUACAACCUCUCCGGUCUCUUGUAUAACGCCGGCAAACCCGAGUCGACGACGCGAUUCGUUCAGCGUGCUUGCGAGAUCACGCGUGCCGUAUUGACGAUGUCGUCUUCAACUGUGGAAGACGCUCUUGUCGAGGAAAUGGAUGCGUUAACCCUUGCCUCGAUGGAUUCGGAAGGCUCGUCACGCACAAAGAUGGAGCGCAUGGAACUGCAAGCUGAUUGUUGGAAAUACGCAACCAAGCGCUUCGAACUCUUGGCUUUGGCCCAUCAUUCGAUCGGGGAACAGAAGGCGGCGUUGCAAGCUUAUGUCGAUGCAUUGAGCUUCCUACCCGUCGAGAGUCGGGAUGCACUAGGUGCUGCAUUAUCGGUGUCGGAUCUGCUCAAGCAGAGAGGGUCGAUGACGACGGUCAAGCUUGUGCAGAGGAUCACGAAGUUGGCGACGUUCGACUUGUUGUUGCAUGGCGAUCAGGUCUCGCUUUUAGAGAUGUUGAAGGCGAGCGGGUUCGACGCGAGGACAAGAGGCAUGGUGCUGGAGGUGCAAGUGCACACGUUGGAAGCGGCCAUGGACAAGCUCGAGGCGGGGAACGCGAUCGGUGCGCUCGUGCAGGAUUUGUUGGAGCUGUAUGACGAGCAUGAAUUUCCAAUCAGGAGAGCUAGGUGCGUUCAUUGCCUGAUCCCAUUCCCCGAUCGUAUUCGCUGAAUGCAAUUCGGACUUGCGCGCAUAGGAUCUUGCUGCGGCGAAUGCAAGGUUUGUGCGCGCGCGGCGCGGUGCAGAAAGACCUUUCGGCGGCGAUCGUGGCAGCUGAGAUUGAUGCGCUCUGUUCUACUUCGGUAAGACGGGCUUGUCAGUUUUGUCGUGAUCAAGACUUGCUGACGUGUUGUCAUGCCAUCCAGCAGACACUAGGCCAGGACGCGACACUCGCCUCUUACAAAUCGCACUACCUCGCCACCUCCCACCUUUGGCUCGCUUUCCAUGCCCAUCAAGCGCGUCUCCCUUCAGCCGCUCUUGUCGACGAAGCUCGGGCAGCGAUGGGUCUCUUUCGAAAUAUUUUGGAUGCCGAUUCGAAUGAGCUCAGGACGUCAACGAGUCGGACACCCAAGAAGACGACGACGCCGAAGCUCAAGACACCUUCGCCUGCUGCUGCGACGGUCAAGACGGGUCGAGUGACGACGGCGACGAGGAAGAGGGUGUUGACUUCGACUGCUGUACGGGCAACGGCAACGAAGUCGAGCGCGGCUACGGCUCUCAAGACUCCGAGGACUGUUAGGAGUCGAAUGGCGGUUGCUGAACAGAUCACACCACCGCGACAACCUCUCGUCGAUUUGACGAAUGACAAAGCCCAUUCAGCAACGACGCCGAAAUCCAAGCGCGCGCCGGCGGUGGAUGCAGAAAUGUUUGAAGACGUCGAUCGAUGCUACGACUUGAUCGAGACGAUGGCGAGUUUGCUCGGCACAUUGGGGCAUGCCGUACUUCGGAUUGGGUACCUCAAGCUUUUGCGUCGCAUGGCGCCUAAGCGAACGAGAGGGACGGACGAAGCUUAUGUCGCAUCUUCCAUCCAUCUCGCCCGAGAACUCGCCAAGAUUGGAAACUCGUCUCGUGCUGCGACGCUGUUCGCUCAAGCUGAAGCUUGUAUUCACCAAGCUUGCACGUCGGGUGCGGCGAUCUCGUUGGCUCUUCAAGUCGAGCAUCACCUUCUUCAUGCCGAGCUCCUCGCUCUUACCGGUCAACACGAACGAUCUUCUCAAUCGUAUACGCAGGCGCUCAAACUCACAAAAGGCCUCGAUGACGAAGACGCCGUAGGUUCAACUUCGGCCCGGAUCGUUCAGCGCACGCUUUUGCUCCAACGCGUCGCCCUCGCUUCGUCCGUUUGUUCGACGAUGUUGCAACGCCAUGGAGAUCUGGGGAGGUGUCUUGCCCCCGCUUUGCAAGCGAUGCGAUUGCUCAACCGCGCUCUUGCGAAUAUCACUCGACUUUCGACGAUCGAAUCGACGAACAAGGAUGAAUCGGCGUUCGUCUCGGACCGAACGGAUCCCAACGCCCCCUUGCCUGAGCACCCAGCCCAAACGAAGCAGUACUCCGUCUCGACCGCCGGCCCUUACGCGAGCGUGCUCUACAGCAUCGCGGAUGGGUUAGGCUCUGCGAUCCUCCGUGUCGCGAGCCUAUAUUGGAUCCGAGGCACCCCGAAAUCAGCCGAGUACUUCGCCGGUCACGCCCUUGACAUCGCAACACAGUACGGUGCGAACCUCCCGAUGAUGCGCGCGAUCUUAUUGAGGUGUGAAGUACGAAUGCAUGCGGGGAACUUGGAAGGAGCCGAGGAGGACCUUCAAGCGAUCGAUUUGGAGAACGCGGCGAACGAUUCGAGCGAGUUAAUUGAAUACCAUCGGCUGUGCGCGGCGUUACAUAUGAGAAGGAGGAUGAUUCAGGCUGCGAAGGACGAUCAUGCCGAGGCGCAGAGUGCUUUGGAAGGGUUUGCACAGAGCACCAAUCAGAAUGAGGCGGGGGGAAGGUGAGGGGUCGUUGACAAGGCUCGUCUGGCGUGGGUCUGGCAUGAGCUGAUGUAUGUCCAAUUUAACCUCUCACAGUCCGAUCAAAGUGGGAACGCCGAAGAGUGUUUCGAUCAAGGAUCUGUCGCCUUUUGCGCUUCGUCUUGGCGCGAAAGGGCAUUCACCUUCGCACGUAUCGCCAUCCCAGCGUAUGGGCCAAUCAUCGGACCGCAUACUCCCAGCGGUUCACUCUCGACUCCUUCGGAUGCACAUCGGUCUACUCCGACUCGAGAGGAAACAGGAGGAAUGCCAAGAUGUUCUCCGACGAUUGGGCGAACUCCCUUCGCUGGAGGAGGACAAGGCCGAGGAGUUGAGACUGCAUGUCAUGAUUGAGAUGCAGGAUCUGUUGCUCAAGUUUAGUACGGAUGCGGUGUUGGGGAUGGUACCUGAAUCUGGUCCGUUUUAAAGUGGGACUAGUUGGCUCUACCGAGUUGGGCUGACGUGUCGGUGCCUUUGUUUGACAGUUCUCUCAAUGCCUUCGCUCGCUUCGUCCGCGGCGGUCACCUCGAGCAAGACCGCCUCGCCGACCAAAGCGAGCCCCAGUCAUCUCCACAACCUACGCGAGAUCGAGACGCUGCUCCAGCGUGCCAUCACGAUGAGCGUCUCCCGUGUACGACCCGCGGUCCUGCGCGAGCUGUCUUUGCUCAGCGUUUCGUUGCGCGCUUUGCUGUCCAGUAUCGGGAGGGCGGACAAGAAGGUCGCGGAAGGGACUGCGCAUCUUUUGGACCUCGGUCUCGCCGUUACACUUCGACGGGACAUGCUCGAAGCGAUCGACUACAGGAUCGCGAACCUCUCCCGCGUCGACGACCUGAAGUGGCCUCAGAUUGAGCCCGUCCCUUCUCACGAGCAAGCCUCGGCCGUGGCAAGCUUGCUCACCCUGCGCGAAAGGUAUCGAUCCGAAACGAUCGAACCUGUCUUAACCGACCCUUCGAUCAACUCUAUUCUGCCCCCCCGAUGGCAAACCGUAUCGAUCCAUCUCUCCGCCGAACGCGAUGCGCUCAUCCUCGUACACCACCAAGCGAAUCGACAACCCCUCGUGUUCAGACUCCCUCUCGAUCGCAUCACUCGAAGAGAAGACGAUGAGGAAGAUGAGGGACUAUCGUACGCCCAAGCCUCGGCGGAGUUGGCGGAUAUCGUGGAGAGAAGUAAUUCGGGGGCUCAGAAUGCGAAGAAUGUGGAGGGGAAGGAGGCGAGGAUCGCUUGGUGGGCGGAGAGAAAGGAGUUGGAUGCGAGGUUGAAGGGGUUACUGCAGUCGAUGGAGGAUUCGUGGCUGGGUGCUUUUAAGGUUAGUAGGCAGCAGGUUGAGAAUUUGGUUGAGCAACCUACUGACGGCCAUGUGUCCACACUGUAGUGCAUCUUCUCCGACACGCAAGACUUCGGCGCGGAUGCGCUAAACACAUUCAAAGGCCGAAUCGAGCGCAUCGUCAAGCGCAGCCUCAUCCGUGCGACCCCGAACGACAAACGGGCCGCGCGCUUCCAGCUCGACGAUGGCAUCAUCAAAUGUAUAGCUGCCCUAUCCCCCAAAGCGCGAGACGAAGAUCUCGAAGAUCUGUAUCAUUUCAUCAUGGAGUCGUUCCAAUUGUCCGGUGUCCCCGUCGCGUGCGACGAGAUGGACGUUGAUCAGGUCGUCAUUGAUUUCCGAUCUGCGCUCGAAGAGCUGCACAAAAAUGAGCCGACUCCGACUCCGACUUCGACGUCGACGACAUCGGACCCGAAGCGUCAUCUCGUGUUGAUUCUGGAUAAGAGUGUGCAAGGCUUCCCUUGGGAGUCCCUUCCUUGCUUACAAGGCAUCUCGAUCUCGCGCCUGCCCUCGCUCGCUUUCUUGCGUGAUCGACUCGAACUGGCUCGAUCUCGAUCCGACGACGGAUCGCACGAGUAUAUCGUCGAUCCGAGGCGCACAUCGUACGUCGUCAACCCCGGAGGAGAUCUCAAGAACACUCAAGCGAGAUUCGAACCUUGGCUUGAGACCAAAGCGGCGGAGGGGUGGAAGGGUGUCGUUGGUCGUGCACCGAGCGAGGAGGAGAUGAAGAGCUCGCUCGCGUCACAAGAGCUCGUCUUGUACGUCGCGACAUAUCGGCUCAGUUUGUCAACGAUCACUAAAAUUGCACCUUUUUUUCCGAAUGUACAGAUACUUUGGUCACGGUGGUGCGGAGCAAUACGUUCGCUCGCAGUCGAUCCGACAUCUACCUCGUUGCGCCGUCACAAUGCUUUGGGGUUGCUCGUCUGGCGUGCUUCGCGAUCAAGGCGAGUUCGAUCCUUAUGGCACGCCCUAUCACUACAUGAUUGCUGGAUGGUGAGUGAGAGCUUUUUGACACGAUUUUCUUACGCUUCACUGACGCGGCGAUCUUCUUCAUCAGUCCCUCGCUCGUUGCCAACCUCUGGGAUGUGACGGACAAAGACAUCGACACCCUCACCGAGAACGUCUUCAAGCUCGUCGGACUUCACACGGACGAAGCGACCAAGUCCAAGAAUGACAAGACGACCACCAAGCUUAGUCUCUCGCAAGCGAUCGCUCAAUCUCGUCAAGUUUGUAAUUUGCGGUAUCUGUACGCAUUUCCGCUAUUCUUGGUUCCGUGUACUGGCGAACGAAAACUGAUCUCACUACUUUUGUGAUCCACAGUAAUGGAGCGGCGGUCGUCAACUACGGCUUACCCGUUUGGUUCUCCCAAUAG